UUGCAUGGUCACGUUUCCAGUAUAUAUAAAAGACUACUAAGUCAACAGAAUAUAUCACUCAUCUUAUUUUCAUUUAUAUGAUUAAUAAUUCUUUCAUUCGCUAAAGACUUCAAAAGACCAACAAGUCAACAUGAAAUUUCAAAUUUCUUUCGUUUUACUCGCUGUGGCUAUGUGCUUUGCUACUGCUGCUGCCGAAGAAGCAAAACAAUCUUCUACUCAACCAGCUGCCGCCGCCACUGACCGAAGCAAACGUGGACUUCUAGCUACUCCAUUGGUAGCAUCCCCUUACGCUCUAUCUACCCCAUAUGCAGCUUCUUAUGUUGCUGCUCCAUAUGCUGCUGCUCCAUACGCUGCUGCUCCCUACGCUGUAGCUGCUCCCUAUGCUGCACCAUAUGUUUCAUCAUAUAACGCAUACCCAUACGUAGCAAGAACUUUUGCGUCACCAUACGCAUACUACCCAUGAAAUAUUCUUCUGACACUCAUCAAGACAAUAAUGUUAAUCUACUUAAGUUAUUAUGGUACAACUGGUUAUCUUUUUUUUAAAACAAUUUCAUAAUGUAUUAUUAUAAACUUUGUACUUUCAUGAAUAAAUUUUCAAGUCAAUA